AUGAAUUCAGUAACUUAUUGGAUUCCGAAGCGUUCAAUUUGCUUCUCUUGUCUCUCCAGUGCGAUAUGGAAGUAAUCAAAGUGCUAACUACUGUGUUUUUUGCUUUGGUGGUUCUAGGGGUUGGAAAUAUCGAAGCAAAUCUACCAAAUGGAGAUGAUUUUUAUACAGCCGGGGUGUUGGAGUAUAGUUACUUGGUUUCCAACAAAUCGAUGAUGGAAUCCGUAGAGUUGAAUGUUAAUGAGUAUGUGCGCUUCAUAGAACUCGCUAAAAGAAAAAAUGUUGAUGUCUUGGUGUUUCCUGAAGCAACACUCAAUCAUGACUUUAUCGAAACCCGAGAGCAGUUAAGUGAUUAUGCGGUAGUUACUCCAGAUCCCAAGCUGAAGAUUGCCCCAUACGAGCAUGAAAAUGAUUAUUCUUCCAUUUUAGUGAAACUCUCCAAGGCCGCUAAGGACAAUCAGAUUUAUGUUCUGGUCAAUCUGAUUGAGAAGAUGCUGUGUACAUCGGAAUCUGAUGCUUGUAAACCACCACAUAAUGUCCAUAACGAUGGUUAUUGUCUUUACAAUACUAACGUAGUUUUCGAUAGAAAAGGACGUUUAAUAUCCAGAUAUCGUAAAGUGAACCUUUACAUUGAGCCUCGUUUGGAUGAGCCAUCGGAGCAACCAUUACCUAUCUUCGAAACAGAUUUUGGUGUCAAAUUCGGACAUUUUAUUUGUUUCGAUGUUAUGUUUAAAUACCCUUCGAGAAUAUUAGUUCAGCAAGAAAAUAUCACCAACAUUCUUUAUCCAACAUACUGGUAUGCUGGCCUUCCUUUCUUCAUAGCAGAAACCAUACAUCAGGGAUGGGCCUACAGCAACAAUGUAAACUUCAUGGUCUCGGGUGCGAAUGUCCUUCACUUCGGAACAUCUGGUGCAGGAAUCUACUUUGGCCACAAACGAAUCCAAGCAAUAGAAACGAAGCCAGAUCCAGUAAGAAAAUUGUAUACUGCAAAGGUACCUAAAAAUAUUAGAGCAGAUGUCAAAUUUGAAGAACCUCAGAUCAGAGAGGAAAGCUCAGCGGCAGAUCUUCUCAGAUUGUACGUAAGUGAAAAUUGGGUAUCUGAAUAUCCCAUUUUCUUUCCUUUGAAAGAGCCACAGGAAACUGUAUGCGUCAAUGACAAUAAAUUAUGUUGCACGGUUGAGGUUAAGAAAAAGGACCUUAAAGUUCCUGACGGAGCGGUGUCUUAUAAAUAUGCACUAAGCCUGAAUUACACCACGAAGCUCUAUAUAGAAAGACGAAAUAUGGGAGAAAUAACAUGUGCCAUUGUAGCAUGCACUGGAGAAGCCAUGGAUACCUGCGGAAGAAGAUUUCACACCGAAAAUGUAGCUCCAGGAAUAGAGUUUGAACAUAUCAAAAUUACAGCCAAAAUCCGCUCGGAUAAAUUUGAAGAUGUGAUGAUCCAACCAAAUACUGUGACCACAGGACUUUUACCAUUUGAUGUUUCCAAUUAUACUCUUACUGAAACUGAUGUCUUCCCUGACCAAAGUUACAACUAUAAAAAUUUCACCAUUGAAUCGACGACAACAGUGUCCGAGUUUUUAGUUUUUGGAAUGUUUGGACGAGAUUUUAGCAUGGACCACGACAAAAUGGAGGAUAUUGCCCGUUUUCAUGAGAAAUCAAAACGUAACAAAAACUCAGUUUGAAAUUAUUACGACCGAUCUCUAUUAUACAAUAAAG